AUUUUAUCUGAUUGAUUCGUUUAGGCCACGUCUCUCCCCUGAGUGCAGGGCACGAGUCGUCGUCUCUCCAUCGAUCUCUCAUCUCCUUCUUUUCUUCGAAACUUCGUUUUUUUAUUCGAGUUCGUGUUUUUUUUUCCCUUUCUCAGACCCAAAAAUUAGGGUUCAGUUUUAUAGCAACAAGGCUCCGUCAUUGCAUAUAGUCGAAAAGGUGGUUUUAGCUAUAUGGAUACUUGCAACUGCAACUACGAAUACUCUUCAGAGCUGAUGUUUUGAAACCCUUUUGGUACUAGUUCAUGCGUUCCACGUAUGUACAGCAGCAGCAUAAGAAAGGAAUGGGAGAGAAUCGUCAGAUUAGAUCACGUUCUUGGAAUAGAAUGCCAACUAAAAGAUGCAGGGCAAAUGGGAUUAGGGAGGAGUUUAUUGUUGUUGAUGAUGAUGAGGUUAUCAUUUUUGAUUUUCCCGAGUCAUCUAAAAGCAAUGCUUCUGGCACUUCAAGAACUGGGAAUAAGUCUAUUUUGCAGAGAGUGAUUAAUAUUUACGAUGAUGAUGAUGAUGAUGAUGAGGAGGUGGAUGAAACAGAAAAUGUUCAUAAAGCUGGGAGUAGUUCAAGUGGUAACCCUCCUGCGGGUAACUUGCAAACAUCUGCGGAAGUGGAUAAUGAUGAUUGCCAAUUCUUUCAAGAAAAAUAUGCUAGUUUUAGAUUUACAAAAUGCAACCAGCCUGGAAUUCGAUUUGGUUUAGGUUCUGAUACUGACAGUGACUUUUCUGAUUGUGAGAUUUUAGAAGGGUCUCGUAGAGAGGUCCGUGAGCAGUGGGAACAUGCAGCUUUCUUGAAAAAAAUGAAGAAACCUGGUAAAGCUGGCUUGAGUGAGGAGGCUGGUCCUUCAAAUCUCCACUGUGACACUAAUUUCAGGCCUGAUCUUGAAAAGAGAACUGAACAACAUGAUCAAACAUCUUUCUUCUCUGCUGCCAAAAAUCCAGAUGGUGGAAAAACUGGUUUGAGUGAGGAGGCUGGUCCUUCAAAUCUCCACUUUGACACUAGAAAUCCAGAUGGUGGUAAAGAAACCUCUUUUACUUUCUUUGGAACCGAUGGUAGAAUUCCUGAUAUGGCGGCUUGCUUUGGCUCGGUGGAGAAAGACUACUGUGCUACUUCUAGUUUUUUCAAUAAAGAGGAGUUUCAGGGACCAUCCCCACUGUCACCCGAAAUACGAGUUGAACAUGAAAGGUUUGAUACACCAUCAAGUCAUUUUACUUCGUCAAAUGAACCGAUAGAUCAAACUAGUUUCAAAAAAGUUGUAGAACAACCAAACAAAGUUCAAGUUCAAUGUGGAACUUCACAAUCUCCCGAAGAGAAUCCAAAGAAAAACACCACAUAUCAACCUUAUACCAAGGAAGUUGAAGAAGAAGAAGACGCCUUAAAAUUUUCUCCGCCACAGACUUCUGCUGGGGAUGGAGUUACAACGCAAAGUAAUGAAGCCAGGGGUGAGCACGGGAUCUCAAGUUUAGAUCAAUCAAGAGGACCGAUCACUGAUCCUAUUCCAUUUACAAGUGGACAAGUGCAAAGUAGUGACGGUACAGCUCCUGUAAUCGAUGUCAUGCUUAACAGAGAAAUGUUAAAUUUCUAUGUCUGCUGAUAUGGGUUAUGAGCAACUCAUAUCUAAUGUGCGUGCCGAGUUUGAGCUUGGUGGUUUAAACAUUAAGCCAAAAUUAAGCUAUUGGCUUCCAUCCCAGCUGUCUCUGUUCUCGGUUAACACAAGACCACCGGUCAUCAUAACAAACAAUAUGAGUUUGAAUAAUUUCGUAAGUGUUAUGAAAACUGUUGUGCAUCUAAACCUAUUGCUUUCUCUUGAGACUGAAACUGCUACUGACGGUGCGACAGGAAUGAGGAGAGACUUCUCUGUUGCAGAGAAAGAGAAUAUAAAUGCUGACGCUGGCUACGCAUAUGCCCCUCCUAGGUUGGCGACAAAUGAGAGAGUAACACCUCAUUGUGGUACUCUUUCUCUGCCGGAAAAAAGAAGGCAAGGCUCUGCUGUGGAGAAAGCGAAAGAUGUUGGUGAAGAGGUUAAUGCCCCAGGUUCAGGAUUCAUGCGAGCGAGCAGGAAAGGAGGAAGGAAUAAUAUUGAACCCAACAUGAACACUCUGCUUAGGAGAGAACUAUUUCCAGACAAUGAUGUUAACUGUGUGGAUGAAACUAUCAGAAUAUGUAGUGCUCCAGAUUCAACUCCUACAAAUAGUCAUGCUGACUAUGAUUUUCCAGACCCGAUAACACCAAAUGUUAACAAGCUAAUGUUACGCUAUCAAAAGGAUUCUGUGGGGUUGCCAGUGAAGGGCGUUUCAAAAUAGACUUUUCAAGUUGGUUCAGGCAAGAAGAUGUACUAUGUCGAUCUCGCAAAUAAGAUUUGCACCUGCCAACAUUUUCAGAAACUCAAAAUACCAUGUUGUCACGCGUUGGAUGCAACAAGAACACACGGUGUUAACGUUCCUUCGCUUGUGGGAUCACAAUACACGUUCCUGUUUUUGCUGACUCAUACGAGAAGUUCAUCUACCCUGUUCCUAACCAAUCUGACGAGGAAGUGCCUACUGAGCUUCAGGAAACAGAAGUCCUUGCACCCGAGAAUCCCAAUGGCCCAGGCCGCAGACGCAAAAGAAGGAUCCCUUCAACUGGAGAGUUUCCGGUCCCAGCUGCGAAGAAGAGAAAAGAGGACCUAACAGGUGUUCAAUUUGCCUCGAAACAGGUUCAAGUGGCAUACUACGCAAUCGUUGACUUUGAAGUGUUAACAAAGUUUCUUAUGCACAGUAACUAAGUUUUUUGGGAUUAACAAAUUUCUCACGAUGUUAUUAUUAUUUUGGAAAAUCGGUAAUUUCAUACCCCAGCUAAGGGGGUAUGUUCGAUUCCUACACCAUGUUUAACAUUGUGCAAAUCCAUACAUUAAGUUCAAUAAAAUUCAAAUUCACUGCCCCAACUCGUUAAAAGGUGUUAUUACAUACAUCAGCCGUAACAGUGUUAAGAUACCGUCAAUGGCUGCUUACGUGGACACCUGA